AUGAACUCCUACAUAUUCAUCGAAUUCAAGACGAAAUCGCGAAGACUUACCGGCGAAAUCGAUAUACGAUUCUCCAUCGAUUCUCUGUCGAAUCGGCGGACAUUUCCCUUCGAUAUCUCCUCGAAUUUAUCUCGAAAGUUGGAAAUUCGAGGCGAAUUCGAUAUCGAUAUCAAAGCGAAUGUAAUAUCGAAACAUAAGAGAAUUCAGAGCGAAUUGUUAUCUGGGAUAUUACAAAAUCACAGCGAGAUUGAAAAACGGCGAAGAGACAAGAUGAACACCUACAUCACCGAGUUGUCCAAAAUGAUCCCGAUGUGCAGUGCCAUGAGUCGAAAGUUGGAUAAGCUGACCGUGUUGCGGAUGGCUGUUCAGCAUAUGAAAACCCUCCGAGGCUCUCGUAUCCAUUCCUACUCGGAAGGUUACUACAAGCCCUCUUUUCUCACGGAUGAGGAGCUAAAACAUCUAAUAGUCCAGUCUGCAGAAGGGUUUCUUUUUGUCGUGGGCUGUGAUCGGGGGCGCCUGCUGUAUGUGUCAACGUCCGUCUCCCAGGUGCUGAACUACACUCAAGCCGAUCUCCUUGGCCACUCAUGGUUCGAUAUUUUGCAUCCGAAAGACGUCGCCAAGGUCAAAGAGCAGUUGUCCUCUUCUGACCUAGUCCCCAGAGAAAGACUCAUUGAUGCCAAAACCAUGUUGCCAGUCAAGGGAAAUAUCCCUCAACAAGCCAACAGCCUUUGUCCUGGUGCUCGGAGAUCUUUCUUUUGCCGAAUGAAAUGCAAAAAUGCUCCAAUUGUUAAGGAGGAGGAGGAAAUGGACUUGGGGUGUCAACGGAGAAAAAAAUCUUCCACUAGUGAACGGAGAUUUUGUGUCAUUCAUUGCACUGGUUAUCUAAAGUCAUGGACUAAGACUGGAUUAGACGACGCAGAAGAGAAUGAAGCUGAUGACCCUUGCAAUUUAUCUUGCUUGGUGGCUGUUGGUCGUGUACUCAAGUCCAUAAAUGUGCCACCAUUACAGUCAAAGCAUGCACCUUUUACGUUCACCUCGAGACAUGCAAUUGAUGGAAAGUUCGUUUUUGUGGAUCAAAGGACAACGCUUGUGGUUGGAUUUCUGCCCCAAGAACUGCUCGGGACUUCAAUGUAUGAGUACUUUCAUCACAACGAUAUUGCGUCGCUUGCUGCUGUUCAUAAAGCAGUACUGGUGUCGACUGAGACGGUGAUAACUCCAUUCUACCGAUUUCGUACAAAAAGUGGCAAUUGUGUCAAGCUGCAAUCUUCAUGGAAAGCCUUCCGUAAUCCUUGGACGAGAGAAAUAGAAUACAUGAUUGCCAAGAAUAAACUAAUUUCAGAAGAAUCCAAAGCUUCGUCAUUUCACUCGGUUGGGGCGAGGGUAGAAUCAUACAUCCAAUCCAAAGAACAUCCCUUAGGAAAUGCUAGAGAUGAAUAUAGAAUUGGGAGUGAUGAGAUUCGGAGGAUGGUAAACACUGAUGCUCCUUUCAGAAAAAUUGGAGAACAAAUUGCCGAUGAAGUAUUAGAUUAUCAACGCCAGAAGGACUUGUCGUCCAGUAAUAGUCCAAUCUCCGUCGAUCCUGUAUCAUCAAUCGUGUCAGAAGAAGUUCCACCGUCAGCGUCUCUUUCAAGUGAUUUCCGCCGUGUUCAUCAUUCCAUCCAAUAUGAUCCCCAAACGCUAGGAAGCAACGUUUCAACACUUCGGCGGAAUUAUUCGCAGUGUGCACCUGCUUCUGUAACUAGUUCUGGUCUCGCAGCAGGAGGAUCGUUUCAAUUAUUGGGGAUAUCGGGCUCUCAAGACUUAUCUCUUGACAAUGAUCCACUCACGGAUCACGUUUCAACAACAGUGCCCAUCGCCUCAAACACGACAAGUGCAAAUAAUACAGUCCUUAAAAUGAAUGGAAAUAUUAACUCUAUUCAUAAUAACCUCAUCUGUAUGACGAACGGAGCUGAGCAGGAAAUGGUAUACAGCGUUGGAGAAACUGUGAUGUCUUGUACUCCAGCAGUGCGGGAUGGGAACGAAGAGGCUGAUAUGGCUGUUAUCAUGAGUUUGUUGGAUUCAGGACCGGUGGAUUUCUCUGGGCUACCUUGGCCUUUACCUUAAAUGGAGCUCUCCUGACGACAUAAAAUUAACUCUAUCAAUGAUUACGAUCUAAACAAUUUUUAUAAUGUAUCAAAACAAAUAAACAAUUGACAAG